AUGACUGGGCAUAUUAUUGGACAGAGCAAUGAUCUUGUCAUUGAUGCGUCCGAAAUGACCAGAAACGGCUGGGAGUCAUUCGAGAAACACGCCACGUACUCCGUUAUCAUCGAGUACAAGGAUAUCGUAUUCAAGCCUGUGGUACCUAUAAUUGGUAACUGCGAGCACCACAUGAAUAUGAAGUGCCUCAACACUGCAAUGUUUAUGGUGUUGCUCGCUGCGCCGGAGUGA